AUAAUACGUGUAAUAAGCUAAUUCUAAUUUGCGGGCGCGCGCUGUGUAUUUUGGCGUGUGAGCAAAGCGAAGACAAAGGAAGAAAUAACUCGUCACUUACUUAGGAAGAGCUGUUGAGUCAGGGGUUACAGGAAGGCUUCCGUCAACUCAUGACUCUGUCCAAGCCCAGCUCAACAAGACAGUUCACAGUUCACAGUUCACACAAGACAUUAACCUCGCCUGAGUGACCUUCACCUUUGUGCAAAAUUUUCCUUCAGCUUGUCUGAUAUACAAAGAUAGGACUGCCUACAUCUGUGGUAUCGGGGUCUGUGGCUGAAUGAUGUCAGCUAUUUCCCCCCACAAAGUACCGUUCCCUGGUUUUGUCAAAGGUGCGACCUUUCAAGUGAUUUAUAAAUAGCUGUAGCGAGUGCUCGUGAGGAUUACGUGGAGCAAGGAAAUCCCGGGAAGACCUGGCUGUUUGACCCCUACACCCCCACACUCCCACACCCCCACACCCCCACACACCCACACACAGACGGUCUUCUAGAAGAGAAAAUCAAAGAAAAAAAACCAAACUUCCUCGUUCAGUUCAUGGAGAGCGCUCAGCUGGGCUAUGGGGAAUUCCCAAUAUGAAUCCUGGUUAUUAAAAAUAGAAAUGAUUUCCCAGAAUGAUUAAACUGUUGAGGUUUUGCAUUUCCCUGGUUGUUUGAAGAAAGACGACGGACUUGGAAUAUUGUACGUGAAUGGUGGAUCAUGGAGGAGCCUAAUGGUUACCCCUUGGCUCUUCUUCUCAACUUGUCCAACGAGAAUGAGGAACGUCUGGUUCCCAUCCACGCGGACGGAGACGGCCAUUGCUUGGUGCACGCUGUGUCCAGGGCUCUGAUUGGCUGGGAGCUGUUCUGGCACCCCCUGAGGGUGAAUCUGAAACAACAUUUGGAGGAGAAUCUGGAGAAAUACAAGAUGCAGUUUGGGGCGUGUUCCUGCCCUACUUCUCCCUCCCGUCCGCCUGCAUGAACAAGGACGGACUUCUCAACCAGCCUCUGUGUAUUGCCUGGAGCAACCCGGGGAGGAACCACUUCAUUCCCCUGGUGGGGGUCAAAGGCAAGAAGUGCCCGCGACUGCCGCGGCACAUGAUACAGCGAGCGUGGGGCGUGCCCGACACCGCCAUAGAGGAGUACCUACACUUUGACCAGCAGGGAUUUUGUCUGGUCGGGGGAGAGAAAGUCUUACAGGUCGGCUACCUGCAGAGACUGGUGGCUGCCAUGAGCGACAUCUUCGUCCAGGAGCACCGAGUUUCUCCAGCUCUUGUGGCAGACGUCUACCAACAUAUCUUCAAGCCGAAAGGCGGUGACAGCCUCGACCACUGUCUGUCCAGCCUGGCGCUGACCGCGGCCUUGGAGCACCGCGACAUGUGGAGCUACGCCCAGCGUCUGCCGCAUCUCUUCUCCGUCAACGGUCUCUUCUACAAGCAGGUGGAGCGAGACAUGGGGCUGGAGCACGGGAAACACUGCACGCUGCCGCUACUGCCGGGGAAGCUCUUUGUCUACAACGGCAACGACGACCGCCUGGAGCUGUGCCUGGAGCCCUACGGUCACUUCCCCGUGGAGAACCGCGUGGAGAGUCGCGCUCAGACCAUGCUGCCCACCUGUCACUGUGGCUUGAAGACCUCGUACAAGCCUUUCUCGGGUCAAGGUCACUCUCUGAGGUCGUCCACCAGCUCGGAAGAUCGUAUGCCCACAGACAUCCCCAUGUCGCCCAAGCGCCACGAGGCGCGCCGUGUGACCACGUUCUGUGACCCCGCCAUCCAUCAGGAGUCCAUCGAGGAGGAGGAGGAGGAGGAGGAGGAGUCUGCCCCAGGAGAGAGGAAGGAGGGAAGUGCCUCUACCUCCUCCUCCUCCUCCCAACCAUCCUCUCACUGCCUCCCCCCGGCUGAGCUGCUGCGGAGCCUCCCCCUGCGAGGUCUUCUGUCUACCCCCGGCAGUCUCCCUCAGCCCCUCCUCACGGCCCCUGACAGCGGCCGAUUGGUUCGUCGAGGCCCCGGCUACAGCGAGCUCAGCCCCAUCCCGGAGAACUCGUCCAACGAGAGGGCGGACAUGUUGCAUCAGCUGGUGCGCCGCAUGGAGCGGGCCGUGGAGACCAUGGGCCAGGAGGCUGAGGCCAUUAGCAGUGGUCGCAACCCUCCGCAGAUCCGAUCAUCUUUUGCCGGGCUCGUGAGUGGGGAGGGAGAGGAGGAGGGAGAGGGAGUUGAGGUGAAGGAGGGGGAGGUGGAGAACAACUCUGGCACUGCCGGUACAACGACAUCAUCCACCACCACCACCCCGACAGUACCUGUCGCUGCAACAACGACAUUGCUUUCUUCGUCUGCGCUCUCAGCUCAGGCCACUUCUUCCCCCUCCCCCUCCCCCUCCUCCUCCUCCAAGCGGUGGGAAUACUCUGCCUCCUCCACUUACCACCCUCACUCACCGGUCACCGUGACAACCAACAGCCCUGGACUGGCGUCCCCUUCCACCCCACGUGUACCCCACUUCCAUGAUGUGUCCGCUUCACCCUCGGCUACUCUCUCUCCGCCCCAGUCACAGGGCUCAACGUCCCCCCUCUCUCACCCCGGACCUACGGCAGACUCUCUUCAGGUGGGCCUCGGCCGUCUCGCUACUCUAAACCACAGCCCUUCCUCUUCUUCUUCUUCUUCUAGCAAUCCGGCUUCAGCGUCUCCGUAUGGAAACAGUCGCACGAGCUUCAGCGAGAACGAUACGUCAUCGAGGGCUGCUCAGGGUGAAGGUCAGGACGGAGAGGAGAUGGAAGCAGACGCUAACGCCAUUGCUAUCUUGGCUGGUGAAGUGGCCUCAAACAUUGCGGCAAUGGACCAGGAUAUCAAACCAUUCUCUCCAACUUCGUCCAACCACCCCGAAGAAGGAAAAGGAACUUCUUUGCCAAUAGCCACUUCAACUGGGGAGGAUGUUUCCGAAGAGACCUCAGCGUCCGUGCCGAGACAUUUGUCGGGGGAGAGUACGGAGACUGGUGUGGAGAUGAUGGACACAGUCUGGACCGAGUCAGACCACCAGCUGAUUGGCUCAGCGCUACCCGCACAGACGAACAUCGAGGCUCGCAUGAGCAUCGACUUGCAAGACAGGGGAACGACAUCCCGGGAGGAAGCUAUGAGGGAGGAGGAGGAGGAGGAGCUGGAGGAUUUGUUUGUGAAGGAGCAGACGCCAGAUGUGGCACAGAAGAGCCCAGAAGAAAAGCAAGAGGGAACAUCUGCCAUGGACAGUUUGUGACGUGGUCGUGCCCCCCUGGUGGAGAGAUUACGACUAACUUGUCCCCGGUUCUGGACCUCUCCCUCUCAACCUGUCCAGAAGUUGUUGUUUUUUGUAGACAAUUUGGAUGAAUUUAUUUUGUGAAGUAGGGUUUUAAGGCCAAAAUUCUUUUCCACUUUGCUUUCUACGAAUGUGUUUUGUUUGUGUUUGUUUUUGUUCUGUUGUCAUGUAACGAGAAUACAAAUAAUGUUCAUGCUCAAAACAUGAACAGACU